AUGCUAAUGCGUCAAAAUCGUUUCUUACGUUUGGGGGGUGUUUUUGUUGACCCCUGCAAAGCAGCGGAGAUUCCAUCGAUGUCGGCAGAGAAGAAGCGUCGCUUGGAUGCGCUGCUGCCGGUCUUUGAAGAGUUGGAGGACUUGGCGCAUCGGGGUCGCCAGCUUUGUCAGCGCAGAGUCGAAGCGAAGACUUGCGAUGGAGCUCCACUGGAGGAGAUCUGUCACUUCGCCCAGCGCUUGCGCCUGGCAGCGCCGGCCAACUUCCCCUUGGACGCACGCACCGGGCUGCCGGCCGCGCACCACCUUCCGAAAGGCUUCACGCUGCCAUGGCCCAGCUUGGAGGAAGAGAUGCCGAAAGCCAUGGCCUUGGCUUCAGGCCUGAAGCGGGUCCCGCCCCCACAGGCCCUCCUGGAACGGAGCAGCGGUGUGCCGGGCGCUGCUUGGGCAGUGCAGCUGAGGCCCAUCGCCCCGGCCAGCGCCGUGCUGUUCACCGUGGACGGCUCGCUGCCGCGCGUGGGAUCCGCGAGCACCAUGCGCGCGAGCGAGGCGCCUGUGCUUUUGGCCGAGGGAGGGCAAGUCUUUGCUGUGGCUGCAGCACCUGGCAAGCAUUUGUCCGAUGUGGUCACCGUGAAAACGCCCAUGGCAAAGGAUCAACGGGAACCGCCCGCUGCUCCCGUCGGAGUUGCCACCAAAAAGGUACAGAAACGACGUUCUUCCAGCUUUCGAAGCAACUUGCUGUUGGCGGAGUCUGAUGAGGAUUGA